GGUCACGUGAGCCGCGGGCCUUUGUGAGCACAUUGGCCGGUAGCCGAGCGCUGGCCGCGACCGUGUCCGCUGGGCCGCCCGUUUACUUCACUGCGCUGCACCGCACCGCACCUCAUCGCAUCGCAUCGUCCGCACAGAUUUUCUAUUUUGUACAUUCUGUAUAUACUGUAUAUGAUGACUUCGGUGGGCGGUGACCGAUCUCGGGGAACUCGGGAUAAGACGCCAGGUCAAACACAAGCACAGAUACAGAAACCAGUACAGCCAACAGCAGAGCAGAUGCGACUUGCCCAAAUGAUCUAUGAUAAGAAUGAUGUAGAUUUUGAAGAGAAAGUCAAACAAUUGAUGGAAGUUACUGGAAAGAAUCCAGAUGAGAGUGUCGUUGCACUUCAUGAUUGCAAUGGAGAUGUAAACAGAGCCAUCAACAUACUACUGGAAGGAAAUUCAGAUACGAACACGUGGGAAACUGUUGGUAAAAAGAAGGGUCUUGGAACUGGAAAGGAUAGUCUCCUCGAAAAUAAGGAAAAUAGAGAUAAGCGAGGAGAGAAAGAAACUAGUCAGGUUCGUGGAAGCUCCUCCAGACGAGGAAAGGGAAGUCGUGGUAGAGAAUACAUUGUUGAGGAAAAUGGAAUGGACAUUGGCCCAGGUGAUCGGCACUCAGAACGAGGCAGGCGUGGCCGAGGAUUUAGUGGGCGUAGCAGAGGUAGGGGAGCAGCAAGAUUUUCAGCACAAGGAAUGGGAAUCUUCAACCCGGCAGACUACCCAGAUUCAACAACAACUGAUGGUUUAGGAACAACAUCCGAAAAUUGGGAGUCUGGUCAAAACAAUGGACCGGGUCCUUGGCAAAAUUCCAACGAGGAGUGGGUCACAGAAGACUGGAGUGAAGAUCAGCUUGCUGAAACAAAGGUUUUCACAGCCUCCACUGUUGCAAGAAUGGACAACCAAAUUGUGCCUGGAUCAAGCACUGAUCUAGCAACAUUGCUUCAAAAGCCCUCAACUGGUACUGUAACAGAAAACAACUCGAGUGAAGCACCCCAGCAGGCAAACCUCUCUCAGUCACUGGUGUUCACUAAUUCCCAACAUGAUGAUCCAAUUUCAUCGGUGGAAGGAAACUCCAAUGCUGUGAAUUCCUACACUCAGAAUCUGACACACAAAUUUGGAGAGCAUUCUGUUACAAAGACUGGUAAUGCUUCAGGAUUACAACUAAUUGACCAAUUGAAGCCCCCUGGUGUGGUGGAAUUGGCUGCACAAACCACAGAACAAAGUAAUAAGAAGCAUUCUUGGGAAACAAAAUCAACAUCACAGUCAACAGUCCUAAACCAUUUUGACUUGAAAAUACAACCUGAUCCUUCACCUAUUCUGAGCCAGAUAACCCAACAACAAGAGCAAUCUGUAUUGGAUUCCUUUCCUUCCCAAAUCAAGUUAAGAGAACCACCUUCAGUUGAUUGUUCUACUGCUAAAGUGAUGCAACUAUUGCCAAUGUCUGCAGAUACUCGGAUAACCAAUGUGCCACAGACACAGCAAAAACAACUUAAAACACAAAAGCGGAAGAUACCACCUUCUAAAAUUCCUGCAUCGGCUGUUGAAAUGCCAGGAUCUACUGAAAUUUCUGGAUUGAAUGUUCAGUUUGGAGCCUUGGAAUUUGGAUCAGAACCAUCUCUGACAGAGUUUCAAACGGGAAGCACAGAGGCCAUCAGUCAAACACAAAGCCAUUUGUUCUCAAAUUCUGCAACUGCAGUUCAAGAAUCAAUAAAUCCAUCUGUCAUCACCUCUCCCAGUUCAACGGUUGCUCAGAGCACUCCGGAGCAUUCAACAUUGGAUCAGAAUUCUGCACAUGGGAUGCCAUAUCAAAACUCCUUGGAUACAACUCCUCAAAAGAAAGCUUCUUUGCAGGCGAGUAUUAAAAACAGCUACAAUGGUCUUGGCGAACAACAGGCACUAGAAGUGACACAACAUUCUUCUAACUUGAACCAGACCAUUGACUUGCCCAGCAGUUCGCUGUCACAACAUAGCAGUUCUUUGCCAAAUCACCAAAACAGCAGUCUUUCCUCUGUCUCGCCACUGACCACAUGCUCAUCACACGCGCACACAAAUAUUGACAGCAGUUUGCAGACUUCUACAACCUUCCCCUCCCCUAUGACAUUUGCUACGAUUACCACAUCAUCAGUUAAUGCCUCCAACAGCUUAAGCACAACCAACAGCCUUGGACUGAGUGUCAGUAGUCCAUCUAUGGCAGCUGCUGCCACAAGAGCAGUUCAUCCUGUAUCUUCAGGAAAGGCACCGCCAAAUCUUCCUCAAGGUGUUCCUCCUAUUUUACACAAUCAAUACAUUUUUGGACCAGGUGGACUGCUGCCUGCAUACCCGAUAUAUGGCUAUGAUGACCUUCAGGUCCUUCAGUCAAGGCUACCAAUGGAUUAUUAUGGAAUGGCGUUUCCUGCUCCAGCUACGGCACUUGCAAGCAGAGAUGGAAAUCUUUCAAGUAACCCAUACUCGGGUGACCUUGCAAAGUUUGGCAGGGGUGACUCUGCUUCACCUGCUCCCGCAACAACCUUAGCCCAGCCUCAGCAAAAUCAGACGCAAAGUCAUCACACAGCUCAACAGGCCUUCUUAAACCCAGCUUUGCCACCGGGCUACAGUUACACAGGGUUACCAUAUUUUGCUGGAAUGCCUGGAAUACCUAGCACUUUCCAAUAUGGGCCUGCUAUGUUUGUUCCUCCAGCAUCGGCUAAACAGAGCAUGAAUAUGAACACAGCUUCAGCGUCUUUUCCACAAGCAUCCAGCUAUGGACAGCAUGGAUAUGGAACAGCAGGUUAUGAUGAAUUAAACCAAGGGUCUGGAGCUGGAGAUUACAGCAAAGGUGCCUAUAGCGGGUCUACUCAAGCACAAACCAAAUCAUCCACAGCUGGACCAGGGAAAGGUAUUUCAGUGAACUCCAGUAACAUUGGUGUGCCUGAUCUGACUGGCUCAGUGUACAAGACUCAGUCUUUUGAUAAGCAGGGAUUUCAUGCUGGGACACCACCUCCAUUCAAUCUGCCGUCGGCUCUUGGUGGAACAGGCGCGCUAAAUCCUAGUGCAGCCACAGGGUUUGCACCACCUUUUCUGCACAUUGUGUCAGCUCACCAGCAGGCUCACUCCCAAAUGCUGCAUCAUCACCUGCAGCAGGAUAAUCAGGGUGGUUCUGGGCAGCGUAAUCAACAGAACAACAUGCCACAGAAGUCUCAGGUUAACAAACCCAACUAUGGUAGUUCUCCAUACUGGGGGAAUUAAAUUGAAAUCUGUUGCCCGCUCUUUGUAAAACAAGAAGGAAGAAAACUCUGGCCAAAUGUCUGCAGGGGCAAAAGAAAAUCUGAACAUACAGUAAAUGUGACGGUUGCUCGCUUUUGAUUUGCUAUUGUAUGUAAUAUAUUUAUGUAUGUAUUUGUAUAUGUAAUAGUAGAGUUUUGAUGUGGUUUCUGCACUUGAAGCCUUUCUUCACAGGGGACGAUUACUAAAUACUCCAUCAGCAACAGUGCAUACUUGUUUAAGCUCUGUGGGCUUUAUAAAUGGACUGUGUUUUGCAUUCUUGAAAAUAGGGUCCCCUUCAUUCUGAUUUAGCUAGAACUUUAUGGAAAAUCCCAAGAAAAGGGGAAAGCCAAUGUAGAAAUCCAGAAUCUGUGCAUAACAUUAUUACGUGACCAUACCUCAUUAAUUUUGUAAUUGUAUCAAACUUGGGCAGUCUGUUAAUUUACCUUCCAUCUGACUCUGUGAAUGAUUUUCAAAAAGCUGUUCAUAAGCAGAAACAUUUUUUUAAAUUUUGGUGUCCUGAUAACUUGCGUAUUUAUCUUUAGUAGUAUUUAUUUAAUAUUUCAAUGUGCACAGGCCCCAGUAUUCUGAACCAUGAAUGUUUCUUUGGUAUCUUUCCCUUCUUGUCUAUGAUAACCAGAGCUGGUAGUUUCAAAGAUUUUCACAUCAAAAUUGAUAUCCAAAUCAGCAGUUUGGUUCUUACCACCCUGAUACGGUAGGGUGAAUAUUUUACUUUCAUUUACAAUUAGCCCCGGCACAACCUAAUAAAAGCUCUGAGCAAUAUAA